AUGUCAAAAAGACCAGCGGAGGACUCACAAGAGGAGCCACGCAAGCGCGUGCAGGGUGCUGUUGCUGUUGCCUCUGUCGCGCCAGGUAUCUCGAGAUGGUCUUCCGCAGAAGUACCUGACAGUCUGCCACCUCUCCCACCAAUCAGCCCCGACCUUGAAGAGCAAGUCUUCAGGCACCCUGGGCUUGUAGGCCCAAACUGGGAGAGAUUGGAAUGGUACGGCGACGCGACACUUGAAAUGGUUUCUACAGAAUUCAUAUUCGAGACCUUUCCGCAUCUCCCAUCAGGCCAGUGCAGCCAAAUCCGCGAGCAACUGGUUCGAAAUAGCACUCUUGCUGGGUACUACCGAGAAUAUGGCAUGGAACACAAAACGCAAUUGCCCCAAGACAUCGGCAAGAUGACAGUCCUGCUACGAACACAGAAGAACAGCAGGGACGUCAUCAAGCUUCAAGGCGAUGUUUUCGAGGCAUACGUUGGAGCAGUCGUCAAAUCGCACCCUCAGGGAAACGCAAACGCCGUUACUUGGCUCAAGAUGCUAUGGGGUCGUACAAUCAAAGACCAGAUCAAGCUAGCAGAAAGUUGUCUAAAAACAAUAGCCCAAGCAAAGCACAUCGCUCAGCGAUCUCACACGAAACAAGAACAACCUACGCAGCCCGAAAACGAGGCGUUACCCUUAACAGAGCAGAAUGCGAAAGGUCGCCUGAGCGCAGCGAUAUCAGUGCCCGGAAUCAAAAUCCGGUACGAAGACAUGCCAUGCAAGAAAAAAGACAAGGACACAGGCCUCCCACUGUUCGCUAUUGGGGUUUAUCUUGACGGGUGGGGAGAAACAAACAAAUACAUGGGAUGUGGUGUUGGUAAGCGCAAGGCUGACGCAGGUGGAAAGGCAGCGCUACAAGCACUGGAAAAUAGGAAACUCUUGAAAGUAUACGAAGCUAAGAAGAAGCAAUGGAUAGAGGAAAAGGUGGAAGCCCGCAAAGAAUAA